AUGUGGCAUGGCAACAAUCAUCCCCCGGGGAGCCAGCAUCCUGCUCAACCCAUUUCCGUCUCGCCUUAUCCCCUACAUAACCACUCGUCCACACUGCCGCCUGCUCCCGAUCAGAAGAAACAUAAACGUACCCGCAGUGGAUGCUUCACCUGCCGCUCCCGCCGUAUCAAGUGUGAUGAAGCCCGCCCAGUUUGUGAGAGAUGUAGGAAAGGAAACCGGGAUUGCGUCUACCCAGUACCGACAUCCAAGUCCUCGACGUCCAAAACACGCAAUAAGUCCCCUGAAUCCAAACCCGCCUCGCAAGGUAGCGCUUCGCCCGGGGAUACGGCUGGUGGCGGGCUCGAAACCAUCGUCGAUGAAGACGCUGCCGGAUCUAGUCCCUCCACGCCGGCCACAGCGGCACCUAUUACCACUCAAUCCCAGAUUUCCCAUUCCCUAGACACCGGGAGUCACACCCAACAGGCAGCAAACCUCCCCUCACCCACCGAUUUCUCUACUACCCACCUGAAACCGUUGCACUCGCUCGGUGAUGGUGAUGCUGGUGGUGGCGGCCCUUCUCAGUCCGGCACUCCACCACCUCCAGGGGACGAGCAGUUCUAUCUUGAUUUCCACCAGCGUGUGCUAACCCACCACCAUUAUUUCUUGAGACAGAGCGGCAGCCACUUUAUGCGCCACACCAUCAUCGAACAUGCUCUACAGUACGAGCCGCUGCUCUACGCUGUCGUUGCCUUUUCGGCCUACCAUCAUUCUUUACGCAUCCCGGGGGGCACCUUACACCCUUUUCUCAAAUACUACAACCUCGCACUGCAGCUCUUGCGCAGGUCUCUGGGCGCUGGGGAGGAACACACCAAGGCCACCUUGAUCACGGUUCUGGUCCUGACCACCAUUGAGGAAUACGUUGGGGAUUGGGUCAACCUGAUCGACCACCACCAAGCGGCCCAUGCGUUGAUGAACGAACUGCUGUCGCCCGAAUCAAUCAAGACCAACGAUCUCGACCGGCACAUCUUCAUCUGGUACGCCCGGUUCGACGUGGUGGCUGGUAUCCUAGCCGGCGCCGAGACGGUGCUCGGCUGGGAGUGGUACAUGGCCAUCGAGCAAGGGGACGCAGAGCAGGCGGCGCUGUAUCCGCACGACAUCGGCAAACAGCUAGCACUGUGCAACUCACUGAACCGCCGGUUCGGAUUGGAGCUAGCCUCGCUGUACGCCCGGCUGUCGAGCGGAGUGAUCUCGCUCGAGGACUUUGCGAUAGAAAACGCACAGCUGCAGCAGAUCCUAGACCGGGAGAAGAGCAUCCUGCAGCAGUACGAAGCCUCCGAACAUGCCAUCACCGACUUCCCUCACUCCCUCCCGCUGAAUCCCGACGACAUCGUCAACCCGUACGUGCCCCGCGGCCUGUACAAGGGCCCGCUCUGGGAGGCCAACUACAUCUGGGUCGACAUGUUGGCCACGACCCUCAUGUUCCGCUACCAGUCCAUCCAGGCGUUGGGCACCACCACGGAAUCCCCCGAGGAACUGCAGGCGCUCGCCCUCGAGCAGUGCCGUUUCAUCGAGUCCAUCGAGCGCUGGCCAGACAAGGAGGAGGGCUCCAUCAUCGCCUUCCGCAAUAGUUUGGGCAUCCUGAGCAUUUUUCUUCCGCGUGACUCGCGGCAUAUCAUGUGGAGUCGUCGCAAAUUCGCUCAGCUAGAAUCUAAUGGAUACAUCACCGCGCAAAAGUACCGCACCGUCCUAGCAACAGUCUGGGACGUCCCUGACCUGCCGCACUGGUGGCUCCCCAACGACGAAGCCUACCCGCCACUCAUCCGUGAGAUCCGCACCAUGACGCACGAGCGGGCCUCGAUACCGCGCGACCACUUCCGCGAAGACGUGCGCGACAUGAAGAUGCUCUUCUGGAAGAUCAAUCUCGGAGAAAGCCCGGAUGGGUCAAGCCCUAAUAGUACAGAGUAA